GGACGGGCGGAGGAAGUGAGCGCAGCGGGGAGGAAUGCGCGCGGGCGGGGCGCGCGGGCUCGGGGCGGCCGGGACAGCGGGACCCGCGGCCGGGACAGCGGGGCGUAGCGCGCGAGAUGCCUCACUUCACCGUGGUGCCCGUGGACGGGCCGCGGCGCGGAGACUACGACAACCUCGAGGGGCUCAGUUGGGUGGACUACGGGGAGAGCGCCGAGCGGGACGACUCGGACGGCCAUGGCAACCACAGAGAGAGCAGCCCUUUCCUUAGUCCCUUGGAGGCUUCCAGAGGAAGUGACUACUAUGACAGGAACCUGGCACUGUUUGAGGAAGAGCUGGACAUCCGCCCAAAGGUGUCGUCUCUCCUGGGCAAGCUCGUCAGCUACACCAACCUAACACAGGGUGCCAAGGAGCACGAGGAGGCUGAGAGUGGGGAGGGGACCCAUCGGAGAGCGGCCAAGGCGCCCAGCAUGGGCACCCUCAUGGGAGUGUACCUGCCCUGCCUGCAGAAUAUCUUCGGGGUCAUCCUCUUCCUGCGGCUGACCUGGAUGGUGGGCACGGCUGGAGUGCUGCAGGCCCUCCUCAUUGUGCUCAUCUGCUGCUGCUGCACCCUGCUGACAGCCAUCUCCAUGAGUGCCAUCGCCACCAAUGGCGUGGUACCAGCUGGGGGCUCCUACUUCAUGAUCUCCCGCUCACUGGGGCCCGAGUUUGGAGGCGCCGUGGGCCUGUGCUUCUACCUGGGAACAACAUUCGCAGCAGCCAUGUACAUCCUGGGCGCCAUCGAGAUCUUACUGACCUACAUUGCCCCGCCGGCUGCCAUUUUUCACCCAACAGGCACCCAUGACACAUCAAGCGCCACCCUGAACAAUAUGCGGGUGUAUGGGACCAUCUUUCUGACCUUUAUGACCCUGGUAGUAUUUGUUGGUGUCAAGUAUGUGAACAAGUUUGCCUCACUCUUCCUGGCCUGUGUGAUCAUCUCCAUCCUCUCCAUCUAUGCUGGUGGCAUCAAGUCUAUUUUUGACCCUCCCGAGUUUCCAGUGUGCAUGCUAGGCAACAGGACCCUGUCCCGGGACCAGUUUGAUGUCUGUGCCAAGACGACCAUGGUGAAUAAUGAGACAGUGGCCACUCAGCUAUCAAGCCUCUUCUGCCACGGCCCCAACCUUACCACUGACACCUGCGACCCCUAUUUCCUGCUGAACAACGUGACCGAGAUCCCUGGCAUCCUUGGUGCAGCUGCCAGCGUUCUCCAAGAAAACCUUUGGAGUGCCUACCUGGAGAAGGGCGAGGUUGUGGAGAAGCGCGGGCUGCCCUCCACAGACGAUGCUGGCCUGAAAGGGAGCCUGCCCCUGUACGUGGUGGCCGACAUCGCCACAUCCUUUACUGUGCUGGUUGGCAUAUUCUUCCCCUCUGUAACAGGCAUUAUGGCUGGCUCAAACCGCUCCGGGGACCUCCGUGACGCCCAGAAGUCCAUUCCAGUGGGAACCAUUCUGGCCAUUGUUACAACCUCCCUUGUGUACUUCAGCAGUGUGGUUCUGUUUGGCGCCUGCAUCGAGGGUGUGGUUCUCCGAGACAAGUAUGGCGAUGGCGUCAAGAGGAACCUGGUGGUGGGCACAUUGGCCUGGCCUUCACCCUGGGUCAUUGUCAUCGGCUCCUUCUUCUCAACCUGUGGUGCUGGCCUGCAGAGCCUCACUGGGGCACCCCGCCUGCUGCAGGCCAUUGCCAAGGACAACAUCAUCCCCUUCCUCCGGGUGUUUGGCCACAGCAAGGCAAACGGUGAACCAACGUGGGCACUCCUGCUGACAGCACUCAUCGCCGAGCUCGGCAUCCUCAUCGCUUCCCUCGAUAUGGUGGCCCCUAUUCUGUCCAUGUUCUUUCUGAUGUGUUACCUGUUUGUCAACUUGGCCUGUGCCGUGCAGACCCUCCUGAGGACCCCCAACUGGCGGCCCCGGUUCAAGUACUAUCACUGGGCGCUGUCCUUCCUGGGCAUGAGCCUCUGCCUGGCCCUGAUGUUUGUCUCCUCCUGGUACUAUGCUCUGGUUGCCAUGCUCAUCGCAGGAAUGAUCUACAAGUACAUUGAGUACCAAGGGGCUGAGAAGGAGUGGGGUGACGGGAUCCGAGGCCUGUCCCUGAGUGCUGCCCGCUAUGCACUGUUGCGGCUAGAGGAGGGGCCUCCUCACACCAAGAACUGGCGGCCCCAGUUGCUGGUGCUGCUGAAGCUAGACGAAGACCUCCAUGUGAAGUACCCACGGCUCCUCACCUUUGCUUCCCAGCUUAAGGCUGGCAAGGGCCUGACCAUCGUCGGAUCUGUCAUCCAGGGCAGCUUCUUAGAUAGCUAUGGCGAGGCUCAGGCUGCUGAGCAGACAAUCAAGAACAUGAUGGAGAUUGAGAAGGUGAAGGGCUUCUGCCAGGUGGUGGUCGCCAGCAAGGUGCGUGAGGGGCUGGCCCACCUCAUCCAGUCUUGUGGCCUGGGCGGCAUGAGGCACAACUCAGUGGUGCUGGGCUGGCCUUACGGCUGGCGGCAGAGUGAGGACCCCCGUUCCUGGAAGACCUUUAUUGACACUGUGCGCUGCACCACAGCUGCCCACCUGGCCCUGCUUGUGCCCAAGAACAUCGCCUUCUACCCCAGCAACCAUGAGCGCUAUCUGGAAGGCCACAUCGACGUGUGGUGGAUCGUGCACGACGGGGGCAUGCUCAUGCUGUUGCCCUUCCUGCUGCGCCAGCACAAGGUUUGGAGGAAGUGCCGGAUGCGCAUCUUCACAGUGGCCCAGAUGGAUGACAACAGUAUCCAGAUGAAGAAGGAUCUGGCUGUCUUCCUGUACCACCUACGCCUUGAGGCUGAGGUCGAAGUGGUAGAGAUGCACAACAGUGAUAUCUCUGCAUAUACCUAUGAGCGGACACUGAUGAUGGAGCAGCGGUCCCAGAUGCUGCGGCAGAUGAGGCUGACCAAGACUGAGCGGGAGCGAGAAGCCCAAUUGGUCAAGGACCGUCACUCAGCCCUGCGGCUGGAGAGCCUGUACUCAGACGAGGAGGAUGAGUCUGCAGCUGGGACUGACAAGAUCCAGAUGACAUGGACCCGGGACAAGUAUAUGGUGGCUGAGACCUGGGACCCCAGCCAUGCCCCUGACAACUUCCGGGAGCUGGUGCACAUUAAGCCGGACCAGUCCAAUGUGCGACGCAUGCACACGGCUGUCAAGCUCAAUGAAGUCAUCGUCACGCGCUCCCAUGAUGCCCGCCUGGUCCUGCUGAACAUGCCCGGCCCACCCAAGAACAGUGAGGGUGAUGAGAACUACAUGGAGUUCCUGGAGGUGCUAACUGAGGGCCUGGAGCGGGUACUGCUGGUGCGUGGCGGUGGCCGCGAAGUUAUUACCAUCUACUCCUGAACCCAGUACAGCCUUGUGACCCGGAGUGGAGGUGGCCAGGGUAACAGCUCCAUCCCAGCACCUGUUCACCAGCUCACUUUGCUCAGCCCUGCCUGGGACGCAGCUCGCUAGGUCUCCUUGGAGAUGGGCCUGGGCUUGGCAGUGGUGAUGGAUCCCAGGUCCUGUAAGACUGGGGGAGGUCUGGGGCCUUUCCCACCCAGCACACGGGAGGCCUGCCCUGGCUGCAAAGACUGGUGGGGGCAGCCAUGGGGUUUGAAGACAGCCGGCCCAGGAGCACUAUUUAUUGCAUAUUUAUUGUUGGGAUGUCAUCAGAGGAGGAGGGAAGGGGAGCACGGGAGGGGGUCUGGCCUGCCUGCAGGAAGGCCUGGCUCAGGCUUCUGUGGGCAGGGACCCCCACCAAGCCAAGCUGAGUGGAGCUGGCCAAGUGGAGGCCUGACUUUUUUCAAUAAAACAUUGUGUACUUCUGGGCCUCCCACUGCCCUGGCUCUGUUUCCCCUGGCGCCAAGGGAGGAAGGCGGAACUGAACCCCGGCCCAGAGCCAGCUCCCUGGAGACCGUGCCCCUUUCCGGCCAUUUCUGGCCAUCCCCAUUGGCCAAGGUGCCCCUCCCACUAGCCUUGGGGCCCUCCCACCACUUUCCAGAUAAGGCCGACCCAGGUCUGCUUCAGUGGGCAACAGGCACUAGGGCUGGAAUGGGGCUGCCUGGCUCCCCACAGCAGUGGGGGCUGCUGUUGGGGCUGCUGCUCCCCCCUGCUGCCCCCUUCUGGCUCCUCAAUGUGCUCUUCCCCCCGCACACCACGCCCAAGGCUGAGCUCAGUAACCACACACGGCCCGUCAUCCUCGGUAAGCCCCCGCCAGGCCCCUGACGCACCAGGCCAGACCUUGGGGAGCCUGGACCCCAGCCCCCAGUGGCAGGCCCAGCCAGGGCCCUUCCGCCAUGAGCCCUGAUAGCUGCCUUGGUGUUCCAAGGGGCCAAAGGCUUAUCCUACAGGGAACUUGCUCCCUUCCCCCCACCAACCUGUUCUAUGUGCUGAAACCUCUGUCCUAGGGAUUGGGUGUGUGGGGGGGGGUGCGCCUGAGAGCUUGACCAGAGCAUUAGCAGCUGUGUUCAGCUGCAGCCACAGCAGACCUUGAGACCAGCCCCACCACUCCCUCCUUGGCCCCCACUCAAUCAAGAACAAGAUGCCCAGUCCACAGUAGGAGAGGCCCAUUUAGCCCAGACCCCUACCCCAGGCCCAGCCCCCACUCCCCAUACCUAUUUGUUCUCACCUUGGACUUUGACAAUGAUGAGAGCCAGGCUGG